UCGAGGAUGCGGACACCGACGUGCAGGACUACAGCACCGACGAGGACUACAACGACGUUUUCGACUCGACCACCAACGGGACCGACGUGGACGCUGCAUCUGGCACGAAAAGUGGCACUUUGAAAUUCGUAAGGACCCUAACAAACAUAUCGAAGGACGCAGGCAGCGUCGCCCAUAUGCGGUGUGAGGUUGUGGGCGAUCCACCUCCGACGAAGAUACGAUGGUUCAAGAACGAGGCGCCGUUAGAAGAGGACCGGCCAAAAAUCACUAUCAGAAAAAUACACGCGCAAACGCAUGAGCACGCAGCGAAGAACGUGGCGGGAAGUCGAUUGAAAAUCACAAACUUGGACGUUUCCGAUGUUGGCUUUUACACCUGUCGCGUCACCAACGGCAAGGACCAAAUUCAGAGCGAGGGAACCCUGCGAGUCGAUUCCUCGAAGAAAUGGCAGGCUCCCAUACAUCCUGGACACUCCAUGGGUCAGCCAUCCGGCACCGAUAGAUUUUCCACAGGAAUGUCUGGUCCUGGAUUUGUCGACGGGAGUAUGGGAAAUGGAGACAUGUUGGACAUCUCAACAAAUGGAAUGUCUACACCUCAUAUCUCUCAUCUGGCAUCUGUAAAUCCCUUCAGUAUACUUUCACCAAGCCCACAACCAACUAGCUCACAGUCUAGCAUGGAUUUUAAUACAAUCGGCGGCCUUAGUAAUGGCAAUAUGCAAUUCCCUCCCAAUGUGAAUUUUGACGAGAUAUCAGGCAUAAGUUCAAUUCCAAGCAGAAAGGACAAUCAUAAAGGGACAUGCGAGGUGUACAUAGGAAAAACAUGUGCCCAAUUUGUAGGAAAUCAGUCGGUUUACAUUAUAUACCCCAUGACACAAAAAAUGCUCGAGGAGAAAUUAAUGAAGGCGUUUCAAGUUAUCAAUUUCUCAAAUGAGCUAUCUUCAAAUUGCGAAGGAUAUGCGAAGCCGUCUCUUUGUUAUUCCGCCUUCCCCAUAUGCCGCGACCAGUCUCACAAUCAGAAGCCGAAAAACACUGAAGCGAGUACGCAGUUAUUUAACCUUCUGAACUCCAAGCAAGAUGAUAUCUUAGACGACGGGGAUCGCGACGACACGGACGACUUCGCGCGACUGCACGGAAUUCCCAAGAAGCGUAGCCCCACAUUGGGCCCGGUUUUCGACUUCAUGCCACCCAAUGAGGAUGGCAAAUCAAGCAAUAAGAAGAUAAUCAAUCAGAGCUACGGGGACGCACGAUCAGCAGCCGGUCGGAAUGAGAUCAAUCGUAAAUUACGUAGAAUAUGUCGAGAGGAGUGCGAAAUGUUGGAGAAUGAACUGUGCAGGAAGGAAUAUGCGAUAGCGAAAAGGCAUCCAUUGAUUGGGCAUCAAGUGCCUUUGGUUGAAUGCUCCGACUUGCCAUUGGAGGGGUCGACAGAAGCACGCGAUUGCUUAACGCUCGGGUUAUCCGCAGCAAAUAAUGUACAAGAGAAUGACUAUUGCUACUGGGGCAGUGGGAAAUCCUAUCGAGGAACUAUCAAAACGAGUGUCAGCGGAAGGCCGUGUUUACAAUGGUCGCAUCACUUCAAUCUUCAGAUUUCUGAUUAUCCCGAAUUAGCCGGACGUCAUUCUUACUGCCGGAAUCCCGGCGGGAAAGAGUCUCAGCCGUGGUGUUAUGUCGAUGUCAAUAAGAGAAUGCAAAAAGAGUUUUGCAAUAUACCUAAAUGCGUUGAAAAUUUGUGGAUUUACGCGGUCGUUGGGUUUGUAAUAAUGGGAGGUUUCGUUACCAUAUUAAUAUGUUAUUGCUGCUGCUAUAGAAGUAGAAAAUCCAGACGACAGAUGAAUCAUUUACCAUCGAACAAGAUGUUAACUGGUAUCCAGUGUGACAAGAACAUAUACGACGGCAGGAGAAGCACGACGCAACCUAUGGAAAUGAGUUCUCUUUUGGCAGGGCCUGGUAACACGACACCAGGCACUGGUACCCUUAGCAGUGGUAGUAGUAGAACUUCUAAUAAUAGGAUACCCCAAUUUACUACAAAUAACGUUGUGCUCUUGCAAGAACUGGGCGAAGGUGCAUUUGGAAAAGUUUACAAGGGCGAGCUGCAGACAGGUAACAAGUGCGAGCCGCCCAUUUACGUGGCAGUGAAAACACUGAAAGAAAACGCGACCCCGAAGACUCAGAGCGACUUCAGACGAGAAGUCGACCUCAUGACGGACCUGAGGCAUCCAAAUAUCAUUUGUCUGCUUGGCGUGAUACUGAAAGGCGAGCCGAUGUGUAUGCUCUUCGAGUACAUGACUCAGGGAGAUCUGCAUGAAUUUUUAAUCUGUCAUUCUCCGAGGUCGGAUGUGCCGUUGAACAACAGCGGCGGAAAAAUCCUAGAGCAGCCGGAAUUCUUGCACAUUGCGUUACAAAUUGCAUCAGGUAUGGAAUAUUUGGCUAGCCACCAUUACGUCCACCGCGAUUUGGCAGCGCGAAAUUGCCUAGUAGGUGAUAACCUAACGGUCAAGAUCUCCGACUUUGGUCUAUCGCGAGACAUAUACAGCAGCGACUACUACAGGGUUCAGUCGAAGAGUCUGCUACCCGUUCGAUGGAUGCCACCCGAGUCGAUUCUUUACGGCAAGUUCACCACUGAGUCGGACGUGUGGAGUUUCGGGGUUGUGCUUUGGGAAAUUUACAGCUACGGUCUGCAGCCGUAUUACGGAUACAACAAUCAGGAAGUUAUCGACAUGAUUCGCUCACGACAGCUGUUGCCGUGUCCCGAGGACUGUCCUACGAUGAUCUAUAGCUUGAUGAUUGAGUGUUGGCACGAAGUGGCGAAUCGUAGGCCUCAGUUCCCGGAAAUCCAUCACCGUCUACACAAUUGGUACAUAAAUCAAACGUACUUGAGCGAUUUCUGCAACGAGUCGAUCACCAGUUACUCCGGCAGUAGUCACAAGAGCACGAACAAGACCAACUCAACGCAGCUGUCGGCACCCAUAUACAAGAACGAUCAGAAAACGGGUUCGGAGCCACCGGCAGUCUGCAAUCUAAACGACCACAACAAUGCGAUGAAGUUGCUACCGCCGCCGACGACCUUUUCAAACUCUAACUGCAUCGAGCAGAGGUCAAACUGUAUUUUCAAUGAGCAUGGAGCGCCGAUGACGACAGCCAAUUAUCAGAAUCCCGUUACGAAUGUCAAUCUGAACGACGUCUACGAUGACAAGCAAUGUUGUUCGCCCAAAUUGAGCGGCGCGAAGAAGGUCUUACCUGCGGUGCCUCAGGUGGGCUGCGGCAAGCAACCGAACAAUGGCAGACCGAUGCAAAACGGCGCACAGUUGGUCGUCAGGUUACCAGACCCCAGCAAAGUCACGACCGAAACCAGGGUAUCGAAGUGAGCACGCUCGGGAACACGCGACAUGUCGCGCGUCUGUUGCGACUGAUUCAUUAUUUGAGCAUCGAUAACAGCGUAUGCGCGCGUCCGCGCGCUACUAAUGACAUUUCUCGGUGCGAACGGUAUUUCGUGCUUGCUUAUAGCGAUAUUUGUCGACAAAUUAUAAACUAUCGGAAAGCGACUGUUUACGCAGCAAGUUGGAUACGAUUCACACUUGUUCGAAGUGUAUCGGACUGUGGAAUCAUAUCGACUUGUCGUCAUUGUUACUUUGCUCGCUCUUUUUUUUUUUUU